AUGGAUUUUCUUAGCAAGUCUAACAACAAAUCUCUGAUUGAAAUUAACUGUACUUCAACAGUUUAUGGAGCUGCUGUGCUUCUACAGAUAAAACAGGAGUGGAUUGUGGAAAUAAUUGCGUGUUUUUUAGAUGAGGAAGAGGUCCCGUACAACCACGCUAUCCUCCCCAUCAUCUUUGGCAUCAUCUGCCUCCUGGGCAUCCUUGGCAACUGCAUCGUCAUCUACACAAUUGUCAAGAAGACCAAGUGCCGUGCCAAGCAGACGGUACCUGACAUCUUCAUCUUCAACCUAUCGAUUGUUGACCUCCUCUUCCUCCUCGGCAUGCCCUUUCUUAUCCACCAGUUGCUGGGCAACGGCUCUUGGUGCUUUGGCGCCACCAUGUGCACCGUUGUCACGGCGCUCGACUCCAACAGUCAGAUCGUGAGCACUUACAUCCUCACCGCCAUGACCUUGGACCGCUACCUCGCCACCGUCCACCCCAUCCGCUUCAACUACGUCCGCAGGCCGUGCGUCGCCACCGCCGUCAUCGCCCUCGUGUGGGGUCUGUCCCUGCUCACCAAUGUCCCUGUGUGGAUGUACGCCGGCCUCAUGCCCCUGCAGGACGGCUUGGUGGGCUGUGCCCUCCUGCUCCCCAACCCAGCUAUCGACACCUACUGGUUCACCCUCUACCAGUUUGUCCUGGCCUUUGCCUUGCCCCUGUGCAUCAUCUGUGUGGUGUUCUUCAAGAUCCUCCAGCACAUGUCCACCAGCGUGGCCCCGCUGCCACCACGCAGCCUGAGGGUGCGGACCCAGAAAGUGACCCGCAUGGCAGUGGCUAUCUGCCUGGCCUUCUUCCUCUGCUGGGCCCCCUAUUACACCAUUCAGCUGGUCCACCUGGGGGUCCAGAGCCCCAGCCAGGCCUUCAUCUACGCCUACAACAUCGCCAUUAGCCUGGGCUACGCCAACAGCUGCAUUAACCCCUUCCUCUACAUCAUCCUGAGUGAAACCUUCAAGAGGCAGUUCAUCGUGGCCAUCCGGCCAGUAAACAGGAAGUUCCGUGUCAACCCCAGCACCACUGAUGGCAGCGUUAGCUUGAGGCUAGCUCCAGAGGGACCUCAGCAGGAACAGGGCUUGGGAGAUCUGGUGCCGGUCAAUAUGGCCACCCACUAAUGCCAACUGGGUGCUCUUUCAAUUAUGUGGUAAAACAAGGAGGCAGAAUUUGCCUAUUUUUCAAAUAUAUCAAUGAAACAAUAUAUUAACCUAAUUAACAUAUUAAAGUCAGGUUGCGUAACUUCUGGACCACUUUUUGAUGUAAAUAUUUCAGGGUCUUAUUUAAAAGUAAGCUGAAAGAAGUACGUUUUCUAUUUAGAUUAAAUUAAAUCUAUUAGACUGACUAGGUGCCAAGUGUUCUUGUUUAUGUUGUUGAACAUUGUCUAUGCCAUGUCGGCUACUGUUUUUAUUAGUCCUUAAUAGUGCUUUGAGGUUGUAUUUUAAGUGUUUUACAGGCUGUAUCAAGCUUAUUGUGUAAGUCAUUGUUGCAAUUACAUUAUUAUAAUUGUUUGUAAAUGAAUUGUAAAAUUGUGAGCAAGUUGUAACACUAAAAACACACGUGCAAAAAAAUAUGUAUUAUUAUAAAUAUAAAUGGUUUCAUAAACUGAUGUUUACCUGUUCUUAGCUUUGUCUCAUAAAACCUGGUUGUGUUCUGUUGUGAGAUUUUAGCAUUGUGCAUUAUGCUCAACUUGAAAAAAAAACUUUAUCUCAAGCCAGAAAUCUAACUUGCUUACAUUUGUUGAUCAUGUAGUUUGUUGUCAAAUGUUACUUUCUGGACAAAGAAUUUAGAAAUAAAAAUA